GACUGGCACAUCGACUGGCAGAAUCCACAGAGUUGACAUACUCUGAGAGCUGAAGCACAUGAUAUGGCUGAGAGAAAGUCACAGAACAAAUAUUAUCCCCCAGACUGGGACCCAAGUAAAGGCUCCGUCAACAAGUAUGUCGGCCAGCACCCACUACGAGACCGAGCCAAGAAGAUUGCACAGGGCAUACUGGUUAUUAGGUUUGAAAUGCCUUACAAUAUCUGGUGUGGAGGCUGCAACAGUCAUAUUGGAAUGGGAGUCCGAUACAAUGCAGAGAAGAAGAAAGUGGGAAACUAUUACUCCACACCAAUAUGGCAGUUCAGAAUGAAGUGUCAUUUGUGUGAUAAUUAUUUUGAAAUCCAAACAGAUCCCCAGCACCAUGACUAUGUGAUUGUGAGUGGGGCCAGGAGGAAAGAACAGAGAUGGGACCCCAAGGAUAACGAACAGAUUGCUACAGAAGAUAAAGCUAUUAUAAAGAAGAUGGCCAAUGAUCCCAUGUUUAAGCUGGAGCACACAAGUGAUGACGUGAAGAAAGCAGCCAAUGUUCAGAUGACCGUCGGUCAGUUAGAGGACAGGAGAAGUGAAUAUCGAGAUGAUUACAUUCUAAACAAGAUGGCCAGAAGUCAGUUCCGGGAAGAAAAGAAAGCUCUGAAGAAAACAGCAAUGGAGGACAAAGAUUUGCUGGAGAGGUCCUCAUUAGAUAUCACUCUUCUUCCGGAGUCAAAGGAGGAUGUUAAGAUUGCCUCCCUCCUUAAAUACAAAUCCACAGAAACCUAUGAUGAGAAGCAGAAACAGUUGAGGAAGGAGAUUGAGUCACAGACAAUUUUCCAAAAAUCUAACCAACCAAAGGAUGGAAAAGAAACUAUAAAACAUAAACUGGCAACAGUCAACAACAACAAACACCUAGGCUUUAAUAGUUGUGAAGCUGUGACUUAUAGAACUUUGACCGAGAGUCAGAGAUUGCUAGGAAUUCGAAAGAAAAAUAACUUAAACAAGUCCAAAAGAGAGCAUUCACGAUCAUCGCAGGAGACAGAGGAGGCAGGUAACAGUGACGUACAGAUUAGACUAGCCCCCAUUUCAGAGGAAGUCAGUAGUGAUAGUGUUAUGGAAAAUCAAGAUCUAGAGUGUGAACAGUCCAAGGAUAGUGUCAACAAACAGAUGCCAUCAACGUCAGCCGACAUGUCUGGUCUUAAUCUAGUCAACAGCUAUCAAGACAGUGACUCAGAUUCCGACUCCAAAGUCACUUAAAAAUAUCCACUCUUAUGUUAUUUACUGCUACUUGAUGCUUUUAUUAAAUUAUUUAUUAUUGCCAGUAAAUAUGAAUAUCGUAGAA